UGGUACGUUCCGACUUCCGGAUUUCUCCCCCCCGGAAGCGCCAUGGUGCCUGUGCCCGCUGCCCCAGCUUGAGCUUGAGAUCGGGCCGGGGGCUCCGCAAGCUUUGUUCAUGGUGGGCGUGGCCAAGAAACACACCCGCGCCAAUAAGGGGACCAGCUGGCAUUUUAGUAGGACAAUGGAAGAGCUUGUCCAUGAUCUGGUGUCUGCACUGGAAGAAAGCUCUGAGCAGGCUAGAGGAUGCUUUGCUGACACCGGUGAUCAUUCCCGAAGUAUCUCUUGUCUUCUGAAAAGGCAAGCGAGGAAACGUAGAGGAAGAAAAAGGAGGUCGGAUAACACACAUCACCCUUGGGAAACCGGUCACUGCCUUAGUGAUGGUUCAGACUCCAGUUUAGAAGAGCAAAAUAAAGACUACCGUGAAUGCACAAGUAAUCACAAAAAGGACAGUGACUCGGAUGAUCAGUUACUGCUUGCAAAAAGGAGACCGUCUUCUAACAUCACGAAUAUACGUGGUAAGCGGCCCCUGUGGCAUGAGUCAGACUUGGUUGUUGAUACCUUGGGGAGCAGGACAUUGAGAAGGCGGCGGAAAGUGAAACGCAUGGCCAUUGACCCUCCGGCAGAGGUCACUAGCACGCUGACCCUGUCUCAGAGCCGUGACCAGUCGAUGGACAAUGACUGCAAGCACUACCAACACCUGGAGCUUGCCAAGAGUAAAAAUAAGAAGAGGAAAAUCUCUGCGCCUAGACAUGGACCUGAAAUUCCGGAUGAAGGAGUUGUUGUGGAAGGGGAAGAAACGAACCAUGGCAACAAAGACAAAAUGGAAUAUGAAGAACAGAAAGUUUCUGACGAGAAUAUGAGUGACAGUGAAUCCAGCAGCAUAAGCAGCAGUGAUGCGGGUUUGUUUACCAAUGACGAAGGGCGCCAAGGGGAUGAUGAGCAGAGUGAUUGGUUUUAUGAAAGUGAAUCUGGAGGAGCUUGCGGUAUUACUGGCGUUAUCCCCUGGUGGCAGCAGGAAGACUCUGCGGAACUAGAGAAGCAACUGCCAGAUCCAGUCUUUGAAAGCAUCCUGACUGGCUCCUUCCCCCUCAUAUCUCAAUCGGCUCAGAGAGGUUUCCAGGCAAGGUUAAACCAUCUGCAUGCUAUGCAAGGGAGAAGCAUCCGGAAAUCUGCUCUGAGCCCUAAUCCACUGCAGAUUACGAGUCCAGGAGCUAGCAGCGCUGAGAGGCUGGUCCACUUUAGCCAAGAUCCUCAUCAUCAUGAUCACUGGUUUAGUCCCGGGGCCAGAAAGGAUCACAGCCAGCUUUUACGAGAUAAUCGUUCGGACCGAGGCCAUAAGAAAAACUGCUCUGUGAAAACAGCCAGUCGACAAACGAGCGUCCAUUUAGGGUCUUUGUUCAUCGGGGACAUCAAACGAAGAAGAAAAAACGCCGCCCCCCUUCCAGGACCUACAGCCUCAGGAUUCAUUGGUGAAAGUGCUCAACCCAUCCCAGACAGUAACAUCGGUAAUCGAAUGCUUCAGAACAUGGGCUGGACUCCAGGUUCAGGACUAUGUCCAGAUGGCAAAGGAAUAUCUGAACCGAUAAGGGCCCUCCAGAGACCAAAGGGACUCGGGCUCGGUUUUAGCUGAUGGGAACAACUUAACAUUUCAGCCGUGUAAAGAAAGAUUUGUGUGUUUUUAUGUUAUUGUUAUGAAACAUUCUUCUCAAUCUAUGUUCUCUUGAUGGAAAGGAAUACCAACAGCCAACGAGGUCAACACCAGCUAUCUUGCAUGGAAGUGGAAUGCUCCUGGAAAUGUUUUGAGCACCAGAGAUGCCAUGGUGCUUAUUGUAACCAUUGGUACUGAUCCAAUGUGUACAUACAAGAUGAUAGAAACCAUACUAAAAUUCAAUUACCUGUUUAUCUUCUAAGAAAUAAAACAUGACUAGGAUAAUGGCUAGCUAAUAGAAGGAUUGAAGUGUUCUGAAAACAGUGUUGGCAUGUAUAGUAAAUGUAUUUUAGACACAUCACGCAAUGUACUAUAUUCUAGAAUAGAACAUUCAUGCCUUUUCAAUGAGAGCAUAUAUAAUAUAUAUUUGAGUGAGUAAUACUUUCCAGACAUUCUAUACUCCAUAGUCCUAGGGCAGUCCAUUGCUCAGGUCUAUGAAUUUGUGAUAUCUGGUCAAAAGUUAUGCACAUAAUUUUCAUGUAAAUUCCAUAGUGGGACAUUAUCCAAAGUCAAAGAUAAUAUUUUGUUUUAAUUUACAAGGGAUCACAAAAUGCAUUUCAGCAAGGAGUCAACCUUGAAAAACCCCAAUGGCCGCUUACAGGGUCAUGGAAAAUCUUCAUGACUUCAAAUUCACUGCAGUUUUGAGACGGAAAGUAUUUACCAUGGAGCAUCCAAUGCACACAAUCUAUGUUAAGGUCUAAUUCUCCUUUUAAAAUAUUAAUGAAGGUAUCUUAAGGAGGUAAAUCCUCUUGAACUUUCCACUAAGACCUGCUUUAGCUGCAGUGGAAAGUUGCCCCUUGACUGGCUGAAACACCUUUUUGUUUUUUUUUUUAAAAUAGAGAAAAAUGGCAUUCAUAUGACAUUGGGUCCUAAGGUUUACGAGAAUAUCAUUCAUUCAAUGGUGUCAAUAUAAAUAUGUUGUAUUUUUAAAGUUUUUUAACUUUUUGGCUUUGUAAAACUUUUUUUUCCAUGUUCUACACAAUUGGAUUUUGAAGUGCAUUUUUUUAAUGUUGUGGUUCCUGACAGCUAAAUGUCAUCACAAUGAAAUUAAGAGGCUGCAAUUACUGAUGCCACCUGAAGAAAGAGGUCACAAUAUUAAUCUAUAGUGAGCUCAGAAGACACUUUGAGAACCUUUCACUUAUUUAUUUUGCAAAGUAUGGGCAUCUUUAGGCAUGUGGUGGGGCCUGUCAAAGUUUUGCUGCAUCAAAUGUGCUAACUAAUACUUAUUAAGAAACAUAUAAUGCACCACCACAAUCUCGUUUUGUGCUCUAGCAGUAGACGCUUCUGCACUCAUGUAGAAGUUUUUGCUGGUAGAUUUAUAAAAAAAAACUCACACAACUAUCUUGUAAAUCUGCAUCUUAAUCUACACUUUAGUUAACCUUAAAGUGUUUGCCAUGGGUAUAAAGAGAAGUAUUAUCUGCAUUUAGUCUUCAUUUUUUUUUUUAAAAUGAUUUAAUAGGUUUUUAGCCCUUUUGAAGCCAGAACCAAAUAUAAAUAGGAGGCCCGAAUAGAAAAAUAACCAGUGAAAACUCGCUAGCUGGAAGGGCGGUAGCCUUCAUAAAUAGCAUAUUCAGUUGCAGGCUAGAAAGAGGCAGAAUAUGAAGACUAAUCAAACCAUAAGAAAUAAAUGUAACUAAGAACAGGCCUGUGUUAUAACAUACUAAAAAUAUUAAAAAAAUUAACUUCCACUUUAAGGUGAUUAAGCCCCUUGAAGGUAGAUGUAAUUAUUUGCUAGAGAAUAUACUAAGCGUCUCUUUAUUUUAUUAUUCUCCACUGAUAAAUGCUUCUUUAAAUUCUUCCCUGCCAGCUGCCAUGACAGUAUUUAGUCCAUCCCACUGUUUGGAUCUGAUCUAAAAGAACACUGAUAAGGUAAAAGUGCCUAGCGAACAGCAUGUCAGAGAUUCCUGAUGUUGACAGGUAGACGUGUCUUAGCACACUCAGAUCAUGUAUGGUCACGACAAGGCAGCUUUAUGACGCAUAUUAAUUUCAAUAGGAAUCAAAGAAAUGAGCAGUGGGCUGGCCUCGAGCACUGACAUGGCCACGUACAGGAACUGUGACUGACUUAUGAAGCAUUAGAAAAUCUAUGGUUUACUUACUUUAUAGCUUUCUGGCUUUAGUUCUACUUCAAGGGUAAAUCGCAUUUCUCAUCAAAUUUCUUCUUUUGGUGGCAAUUCCAGUGUUAGUGGCAAUUGGUUUUUAUGCGAUUGGAUAGAUUGAUUGAUACCUGGGCUAGAAGGCAUCGUUCGCGCCAGUGGGGAGAAAAAACAAAGAAUCGUUUUAUCGUGUUCAUUUGGGGUGGUUUACACCUAAAUCUCUCCUUGUGUUUUCUGUGAAUGCCCCAACACACAGUAUUUCAUAAAGGCACCAAAUAUAUAUAUAUAUAUAUAUAUAUAUAUAUAUAUAUAUAUUCAUAAUAUCAACUAGAUAAAAAAAUCUGUUUUAAGCUAUUGGUUGAUUUUAUUAAAAGAAGAAUUUUGAAAAAAUUUCACUUUUUUGCCGGUUAAAUUUUAUGAAAAAAAAAAUGGACAAUAUAUACAUAAAUCUUGCCUUUUAUGCCAAACCCUAAGGAAUUCUUUUUAGUGAUGGGCGAAUUUGGGUCGUUUUGCUUUGCAAAACGGCACCAGUGUCUCGUUUUUGGCGAAUCACGGUAAUUCUCCGUGAAUUUGCGGCUGGCGAAUAAAUUCGCCCAUCACUAAUUCUUAUUUUUACCUUGUGCUGAAAUUUUAUUCUUCAAAUAGAAAUGUUUUAAAUAUAUUUUUUCUCUACGUAAAAGGUGUUCAUUGUGAAGAAAAAUGUUAUUCCAUUUGUUAUGCACCUUGAAUUUCAUAAUUUCACAUACUAAUUUAAACUGGAACUUCGGUUUUUGGGGUUUUUUUUUUUUUUACAUUUUAUGCCAUCGUCAGUCUAUCCUGAAAAUGGGUUAACAUUCAUUGUGACAUCAUUUUUGUCUAAUACAUAAUUAAAGGCAAAAAAUAGAUGGGGACUGUGGUUAUUUGAUGUCUGCCUUGUUAGUCGGAUUCAAGCAGAGCAAACAGGAAUGCUUUCAUGUCAGGUUAAGACUACUUUGUGAUUUCAUUUGCAUGAAUCUGCUUUUCAUUUAUUUUUUUUACUCUUUAAAAGUCCGUAGCUUUCCCACUGCCAGCUCUAGAUAAAUUGAUUGAUAAAUCAUUAUUUUUGGAUUUCCAUCAGUAAUCCAUUAAUUACGUGCUAUACUUUAUUAAAUUCAGUGAAUUCUUUCUACCCGUCUUGGCAAGAGAGAGAAUAAACAUUAAAGACAAUCUAGGGUUUUUAUUUCUUCAAAAAAAAAAACAGGUGUUGAGAUGGCAACGUAUUAGGUUUAUUGAGAGCAAAUAUGCUCUUUAUUGGGCAUCAUAGAAUGGGAUAUAGACAAAUUGGUAAAAUAAAUUUUAAAAGCAUUUUUUUUAAGCUUUUAGUAAAUGGAACCUGCAUUUUUUUUUAAUUCUAUAAAAGCUUACUAAUAUUUAGUGUUUAAAAUGUGAUUAAACAUACAGUAGUACAGUUUAUAAAUUAUGUAGUUUCUACAGAAUAUAUGGCUGAUCAAUGUGGGGGAUCUGUUUUUUU